CUCGUCGACGUCGAACACACCCUAGAGAGCUUGCAGGCACAAGAAGAUACAGAUGGCAACAUGCAAAUCACGAUCGAAGAUGCCGGCCCGAAGGUGAGCUAAGAAGGAGCAGAGAGAGAGAUUGACUCAGCAAAACUGAAGCCUCUUGCUACCUAGGUAAUGGCCCUGCGAACGGCCGCGUCCGGCGGCCACAACCGAUUCGACAUCAGGGGAACGUACAUGCUCUCAAAUCUCUUGCAGGAGCUAUACAUGGCUAAGGAGUUCGGACGGAAGCGCAUCAUCCUCGACAUAGGUCGCCUCAACGAAAACCCCGUAAGCAGACUAUCCCGACUCAUCAGAAAUCAGUUUUGGGAAGGCCUGACCCGCCGCAUCGAUGCCUCGAGUAUCGAAAUUGCCGCAAAAGACCCCAAGGACUGGACGGACGACCCGCAGCCCCGCAUCUACGUCCCGAGGGGCGCUCCGGAGCAGUACGAGUAUUACAAGAAACUAGCUCAGGAUCGGCCCGAGAUUCGGCUCGACGUCCAGCUCCUACCCGAGAAGAUAACCCCCGAGAUGGUGCGAGAUAUGAACGAGAAACCGGGACUCCUCGCUGUCGCCAUGGAGGAGUUUGUCGACCCGAAGACGGGGGAGAAGACGCUGCGGGGACUUCCGUUUGUCGUUCCGGGAGGGCGGUUCAACGAGCUGUAUGGGUGGGAUAGUUACAUGGAGUCUCUCGGGCUCCUCGUCAACGACAAGGCGCACUUGGCGAAGUCGAUGGUCCAAAACUUCUGCUUCUGCAUCAAGCACUACGGGAAAAUCCUGAACGCCACCAGGUCGUACUAUCUGAUGCGAUCCCAGCCGCCGUUCCUGACGGAUAUGGCGCUGAGAGUAUACGAAAAGAUUCAGCACGAACCUGGUGCGGUCGAGUUCCUGCGCACGGCGCUUCUCGCCGCCAUCAAGGAAUACUACUGCGUGUGGACGUCGGAGCCGCGGUUGGAUCAGAAGACUGGCCUCUCGAGAUACCGACCGGAAGGACUGGGCGUGCCGCCGGAAACGGAGGCGUCCCACUUCGUCCACAUUCUUGAACCUUACGCUGAGAAAUACAACAUGAGCUUCAAGCAGUUCGUGCGGGCUUACAACUAUCGGGAGGUGUCGGAGCCGGAAUUGGACGAGUACUUCCUGCACGACCGAGCGGUUCGUGAAUCGGGUCACGAUACCUCGUACCGGCUGGAGAAGGUCUGCGCCAAUCUCGCGACGAUCGACCUGAACUCGCUGAUCUACAAGUACGAGAUGGACAUCGCCCGCACCAUCCGCAACGUGUUCGGCGAUAAGCUGGAGAUUCCGGCGGAGUGGUGCGGCGACGGGAUGGUACCCGGCCAAGUCGAGACAUCGGCCAUCUGGGACCGUCGCUGGAAGAGGCGACGGGCGGCGAUCCACAAAUACUGCUGGAACGAAGAGAAGGGCAUGUACUUCGACUACGACACGGUGAAGCAAGAGCGGUGCACGUACGAGACGUGCACUACCUUUUGGCCGCUCUGGGCCGGGGUGCCAGACCCCGAGAGGGCAGCCAAGGUGGUCAAAUGCGCGGUGCCCAAGUUCGAGGCUUACGGCGGUCUCUUGUCCGGGACCGAGGAGUCUCGCGGCGCUGUCAGCCUGGAGCGGCCUAACCGACAGUGGGAUUAUCCGUACGGGUGGGCGCCGCAGCAGAUGCUCGCGUGGACGGGCCUGUACCGCUACGGGUAUGCGGACCUCGCGCAGAAGCUGGCUUACAAGUGGUUAUUCAUGGUCACGAAAGCCUUCUUCGACUUUAACGGCGUCGUCGUAGAGAAGUACGACGUCACUCGACCCGUCGAUCCUCAUCGAGUCGACGCCGAGUACGGGAACCAAGGGUCCGAUUUCAAGGGCGUCGCAAAGGAAGGGUUCGGUUGGGUUAAUGCCAGUUACGUGUACGGACUGCAGUUUAUCAACACGGAGAUGAAGAGAGCGCUGGGGACGCUCACUCCUUACGAAACCUACGAACGGGCUCAGCAGCUGAAGGAAGAGAAGCUGCUUCAAGAGCUGCCCUAAAACGUAUUUGACGUAUAGAAAAGAGAUUUGAGGGGGAUGGUAGUGCCACUUCUGUCACUUUCUCGAGGACAGCAUAAUCCCGAUUGGACACGUUUGAUAUGCCUCUAGAACGGUCGCAAAUGGGCCCAUCGCAUGGGCAAGACGUCUUUAGUUUAGAGGGGAGAAGGAGGAGAGGGUAGGGAAAGGAUAGAUACAC